CGGCAUCUUGCGUUUCGCCAUCUGCGCGGCCAGCCAGCACUCCAGCAGCAGCCAUUACUCCUUCAUGCUGCUGCCUGCUUGAACGAUACACUCUACCGCUGUAUUCGUACGCAACAACGGAAUUAUUCUACUUUAAAAAUUGCCAAAAAACAGGUAGUUGUUCGUUUCCGCCUUUCAGAAAAUCAGAAUUAUCGUUUGAAGAACGUUCCUCUAGUAAUUAAUCUGUAGGUGUAGUGUUGUAGUACAUAGUCACCGCACACAACACAACGCCACCAUUUCCAUUGAAACCAGUGACCCCGGGGAGCAGGACGCUAUCGUUUUAUUUAUUUUUUUCGCAAAAGUUUUGUCGUGUUGCAGUGUUGGAUGUUGUUGGAUCAAUCACCCAUCAGGUUGGAAAACACUGUUAUUUGAUGAGAUUAUAGAUUUAUAGAUAGCAGUGAAACAGUAUUUAGAUGAUUACUUGACUUUUCAACUCACUUUUCAAAUAAAAUGCCUAAACUUUCCAGAUCAAAAUAUAGAAAAGCAAAAUUGCAUAGUGAUAUGAGUUUGGAAAAUAUAUGUGGAACUAAUAAUAAUCAAGAAAAUAAUGUUUCUUCUGAUGUUUACUUAAGUAAUAAUUUCCAAGCUGACAAUAAUGCUCGCAAUAAUGUGAAUAUACACGCCACACCACUCAUGGUAGCUUCUGAGAAUUUCAAUAAUGACUUAACGUUAGCAGAUCCCGGGGCAGAUCCUCCUGAUCUUGAUGGCAAUAAAGAAUUAGAUAUCAAUAUUUCCCUUUCACCUUUCAGAUUUAGAAGAUUCAAUUUCCAAUGUUGUCCAAAAUUUAGGAGUCAGUGACAAUAUUACAAAAAAAAAAGAUAUCACUUCGGAAUUAACAGAGUGGGCUUUAAAAUUCAACAUAUCUCAUAUUGCAUUGUCUGAUUUAUUAAAACGAUUGAAACCAACUUUUAAUGAAUUGCCCCUUGAUGCCAGAAGUUUACUACAUACACCUAGAAAUUUGGAAUAUAAAAUUGUUUUUCCUGGACAAUAUUUCCAUUUCGGCCUAGAAAAAUGUAUUAAGAACCUAUUUUGUUGUAUUAAAAACAAGCCUAUAGACAAAAUUGAGAUUUAUGUUAAUAUUGAUGGACUUCCACUAUCAAAAAGUUCUGGAUCUCAGUUUUAUCCAAUACUUUGCUCACUAGUGCAAAAUAGAAAUGUAGUUGACAUAAUAGGUAUUUACCAUGGAAAUGAAAAACCCAAAAAUGUGAACGAAUUUCUUAAAGACUUUGUGGAGGAAGUGAAUAAAUUUUCAGAACAGGAUGUACCGGCAAAGGCCUUUAUCACUUCUACUAAGGGGCAUAAUGGAUACUACUCAUGCUCUAAGUGUGAGAUUGAAGGGGUAUUUAUACAAAAUAGAGUUUGCUUUCCAAAUGUUAAUAACUUGGUUUUAAGAAAUAACUAUAAAUUUAGACAGAAAACUCAAGAAGAACAUCACUUGGGGGCUAGUAUUUUGGAAAAAAUACCUAGUUUAAAUAUGAUAGAUGAUUUUGUUUUAGAUCCUAUGCAUUUAGUUUACUUGGGUGUAGUUAAAAAACUCAUAGUUACACUUUGGUGCAAUGGCGCUCCUUCAAUUAAGCUAUCUUUCCGUGAAAUUUCAAACAUUUCAAAAAAAUUAUGUGAUUUAAAAUAUUGCAUUCCGGCUGAAUUUAAUAGAAAGCCACGGUCUAUGAUGGAAUGUAAGAGAUGGAAAGCCACAGAGUUUUACCAAUUUUUAAUUUACACUGGCCCCCUCGUUUUAAAAGAUAUUUUGACAAAAGAUAAAUAUUUAAAUUUCUUGUCUCUCCAUGUAUCAAUAUACAUCCUUUCCAGUCCAAGUGCUUCCACAGAAUUAACAAACUAUGCAAGUGAAUUACUGGAAUAUUUUGUCCAUACUUUUAGUCUUCUUUAUGGCCAAGAACACUGUUCCCAUAACAUUCAUAAUCUUCUGCACCUCCAUGCAGAUUUUACUAAAUUCGGUCCAUUAUUUAAUUUUUCAGCAUUUCCUUUUGAAAAUUUCAUGCAAAUCAUUUUAAAAUUAGUACGUAAACAAGAUAAACCUUUAGCCCAAAUUGUAUUUCGUAAAUCUGAACUCAAUGAUUUUCUCUAUAAACAAGAAUCAUCUGUUGAUGAACCUACUUUCAAAUCACGACAUUUUAAUGGACCUCUUAUCGAUAUUGACGAAGAAUAUGAGCAGUUUCAAAAAGUGCAUUGUCAAAAUUUCUUGUUAACUGUGGAAUCACCUGAUCAUUGCUGUUCAUUAAAAAAUGGAAAUUUAAUAUUAAUAAGAAACAUUUUAAUAAAAAAGGGUUUGCCAUAUAUAAUUGGACAUAGAUUUCUAAAUGUUUCUGAUUUUUUUACUGAACCUAUAAAAUCAUCUUUACUUGGCAUUUAUUUAGUAAGAAAUUUGGACAAACUCCAACAGUGGCCACUUUCCGAAAUAACUUCAAAAUGUUUGAAAUUACCAUUCAAGGAUGAUGUUUUUCUAGUGCUUCCACUCUUACAUCUAAAUUAACAUUUUGGGAUAGCUGGUAGUUUUAUGUCCUAGGAAGUGAUUUGCUUUAAUAUCAUUUAUUUUAUUUAUUCAUUGGUACACUUUACAAUGAACAUCACAGCUAACAUGAAUGUGUGUAUUUUUUCAAGUCUCGUUUAACCUAGGUACAAAAAUAACUGAACUUUAUUUCUUGAUAAUGUCUCAUAUUUUUCAAAACUCAUUCUCUAUCAAAAAAAAAUUAUAAAAUAUUUUCUAUAAGUAAAUUAAAAUAUUUAAAAAUGGUCAAUUAUCAUUCUAAGUAUAUGUAGGUAUACCAGCUAUUGUCUGCUAAUUCAAAAGCUAGUUUAUUUGAAGUUGUACAUUUGGUAUAAUUUUUCAAAUUACUGAAAUUCCGUUGCUCAUCGAAAAAAAAGGAUGGAUAAGACGUGGAGUGUAGUGCAGUUUGAGGAGGAAAAUGCAGUGGAAGCAGUGCCCUCCUCAUGGAUUUAUAAUAACAAAUGCUAUUGGCCGCCAUUUAAUAAGGAAAAACUACUAAAAUUUAUUAAAAAUAAUGAGGAGCCAAACACUUGCUGGCCACUGCACCCUGUGAAAAUAUUUCGUAAUGGAAUAUAUGAUGAUUAUCUUACGGCUAGGAAAAAAUGUCAGACUGCCGAAAUGUUCUCGGACCUCUGUUCAGAUACUGGUGAUGAAAAAUCCUCAAGAAAAAAGAGAACAAAAAAAGUUUUUUCGCCGGAAUCCAGCCCCAUUUCUACUAGUGAGGACGAAAAGGAAAGAGGCUGUAAGCCCAAAAAAAAUUCAUUACCACCGGCCCCAAUUUUGGUUGAAAAUCCUGUUCGUCUGGCUAAUUCUAAUGCAAGAGGUCCACGUUCAGAUGCCAAUAAUAUAUUAUCGCCGAAGGGAUCGUCAUCGUCUUCGACGUCUUCUCUAGGAAGUAUGACAUCGAAUUUAGGAUCAGCACUAGGAAAUGGUCGAGUAAUUGAACACCCUCGAUGUGACAAUACCAAUGAAAUCAGAGUGGACGUUUCAGCGACAGAAUCAGGCUGCUGCAAGAUGCAUGGAAAGCUUUUGACAGAUCUUGUCCGGAAACAAAACAUUUUAUUUCAAUACAUUAAAGAAAUUCAUGGCUAUACAGUUGAAAUGGAUCAAACACUCAAAAAAAUUGAUACCAAUAAUAAACCUUCAGAAAUAAAUGAAACUUGCAAAAUAAGUUUCAUUAAAGAUUUUAAUUUUCCUUUAAGCAACGAAGAAGAUUUAACAGGUUUUGAGGAGUAUUUAUCGAAUGAUGUUAAUUAUGCAAUUGUUGUUAAAGAAGUUGUUAAGAUAGGAGGGAUCGACAUUAACCAAUUCGUGAAACGUGGCCUGUCUUUCUGCAUCUCAAACCGAUUGGCGGAGACCUAUACUUACUUUGGAAAAAAAGGGAAAAAAAAUUUUUCAGAACUAAAACUAUGCAGUGUGUUGUUUGAUGCUGUUUUCAAAAAGUUUAAGGAUUCUUCUAGAAAGGACAUUGAAACUAGUAUCAAAAAUUGGAUGCGUAGAGCAAAAGAAAGGAAGUGAACACUUGUCUGCUAUCUUCGUUUUUAUUUUGGUUUGUUGGGUUCCUUUGAGAGUAAAACUUGUUUUGUUUGACAAAAAACAAUAUUUUUUUAUUGAUAUUUUAGUAGUUCCUAUAAGAAUAGUCGUUUUUUUUUAUUGUUAAAAAAAAAUAUAUAUUUUUUUCGUACUUCCGGGACUAAAGCGACAAUUUCACUCCCUCAUGACAGGGACUGAAGUGUCACUUUUUGUCCGUCCAGUAUUUUCGACCGUAUAUGAUUUAUGUUAUUUAAUAAUUUUAUGUUAAUGUUAAUUUGCCAAGAAUAACUGUUUUUUUUGUCUAAUAUAAAAAAUAAUAUUUUUUGAAAGUUUGUUUCUGCGGUUUAGUUUAGGAAAAGGAUAUUAUUAAGCUUUUUCGCAGAAUUAAAAAUUGAAAAACUAUAGUUUCAGUAAUAAUUUCGAUGCACAGCUCACUUAAUAAUAUAUUUUUUAUUUUUAAUUCUGAGAAUAUACUAAAUAAUUU